GGCGUCCACGAGACUGGUCCCGGUAGAGGAGAGGUGGGCGGAGCUAAAAGAUGGCGGGUGCAUCCGUGAAGGUGGCGGUGCGAGUCCGGCCGUUCAACUCCAGGGAGCUGGGCCGCAACGCCAAGUGUGUGAUCCAGAUGCAGGGAAACAGCACCUGCAUAUCAAACCCCAAACAGCCCAAAGAUGGAGCCAAGAACUUCACAUUCGACUACUCCUACUGGUCACACACAACGCCAGAUGAUCAGAACUUUGCCUCUCAGAGGCAAGUCUACAAAGACAUCGGAGAGGAGAUGCUGCUGCACGCCUUUGAAGGAUACAAUGUUUGCAUAUUUGCUUAUGGUCAGACUGGAGCAGGAAAAAGCUACACCAUGAUGGGAAGACAGGAGCCUGGACAGGAAGGGAUCAUCCCACAGCUGUGUGAGGACCUGUUCCAGAGGACAGGAGAGAACACAGACCCAGACCUGAACUACUCAGUGGAGGUGUCCUACAUGGAGAUCUACUGUGAGCGGGUUCGGGAUCUUCUCAACCCAACAUCACAGGGUUCUCUACGGGUGCGGGAACAUCCCAUCCUCGGGCCCUACGUUGAGGACCUGUCCAAACUUGCUGUGACUGGAUUAACAGACAUCCGGGAGCUAAUGGACGAAGGCAACAAAGCCAGGACGGUUGCAGCUACAAACAUGAACGAGACGUCGUCCAGAUCGCAUGCUGUCUUCACCAUUGUCUUCACCCAGAAACGGAGAGAUCAGAUGACCAGCCUGGACACCGAGAAGGUCAGUAAGAUCAGUCUGGUGGACCUGGCUGGGAGCGAGCGGGCAGACUCUUCAGGGGCAAAGGGCACCCGACUCAAGGAAGGAGCAAACAUCAACAAAUCCCUGACCACAUUAGGAAAAGUGAUCUCAGCGUUGGCUGAAAUGCAAAGCAACAAGAAGAGGAAAAGUGACUUUAUUCCCUACAGAGACUCGGUUCUUACCUGGCUGCUGAAGGAGAACCUGGGAGGAAACUCUCGGACGGCCAUGAUCGCUGCUCUAAGUCCUGCUGACAUCAACUAUGAGGAAACCCUGAGUACCCUGAGGUACGCCGACCGGGCCAAGCAGAUCCGCUGCAACGCCGUGAUCAACGAGGAUCCCAACGCCAAACUCAUCCGAGAGCUGAAGUCCGAGGUGGACCGACUGAGGAACCUGCUCUUCUCCCAGGGUCUGCAGGAGCUGCUGGAUAACACCGUCAACAACAACAUCCCCGGGGGGCCCACAGGUGCAGCCCCCGCCCCUCUGCAGCUCACCCCCACAGCCAAUGGGGUUUCACCUAAAGAAGACUCCGCCCCUGCAGAGGCUGAAGCUUGUCCUGCAGGAGACGCACCAGCUGACCCUGCCCACCUCACCCAGAACGGAGAGGAUGCUGAGGAGGCGGUCGCUACGGAAACCAUCAGCAAAGAGGAGGUCGCCGAGAGGCUGGUGGAAACGGAGAAAAUCAUCGCCGAGCUGAACGAGACGUGGGAGGAGAAGCUGAGGAAGACCGAGUCCAUCCGUCUGGAGCGAGAGUCGCUGCUGGCAGAGAUGGGCGUGUCCAUAAAGGAAGAUGGAGGAACUCUGGGAGUUUUCUCCCCUAAAGGAACGCCCCACCUGGUGAACCUGAACGAAGACCCUCUAAUGUCCGAGUGUCUCCUCUACUACAUCAAGGAGGGCAUCACCAGGGUUGGACAGCAGGACGUGGACAUCAAACUUUCAGGUCAAUUCAUCAAAGAGAUCCACUGCGUCUUUGUCUGUGAGACCAACGAGCAGGGAGAAGUGGAGGUCACCCUGGAGCCGCUGCCUGGAGCUGAGACCUACGUGAACGGGAAGCAGAUCGAGGAGGCCGUCAUCCUGAAGCAAGGUAACCGCAUCGUGAUGGGGAAGAACCACGUGUUCCGGUUCAACCACCCGGAGCAGGCCAGGCUGGCGCGGGAGCGCAGCGCCACGGCGGAGCAGCAGGGGGAGCCGGAGGACUGGAACUACGCCCAGAAGGAGCUGCUGGAGAAGCAAGGAAUCGACAUCAAGCUGGAGAUGGAGAAGAGGCUGCAGGAUGUGGAGACGCAGUACCGGAAGGAGAAGGAGGAGGCCGACCUCCUGCUGGAGCAGCACCGGCUGUACGCAGACAGCGACAGCGGAGACGACUCCGACAAACGGUCCUGUGAAGAGAGCUGGAGGCUGAUCUCCUCCCUGAGGGAGAAACUUCCUGCCAACAAGGUGCAGACCAUCGUGAAGCGCUGCGGCCUCCCCAGCAGCGGGAAGAGGAGGGAGCCGCUGCGGGUCUACCAGAUCCCCCAGAGGAGGAGGAUCAGCAAAGACCCCAAACGGGUCACCAUGGAGGACCUGAGGAUGCAGGCCGUCAAGGAGAUCUGCUACGAGGUGGCGCUGGGAGACUUCCGUCAUUCCCGACAGGAGAUCGAGGCGCUGUCCAUCGUCAAGAUGAAGGAGCUCUGCCGCAUGUACGCCAAGAAGGACGCCAACGAGAAGGACAGCUGGAGGGCCGUGGCCCAGGACGUCUGCGACACGGUGGGCAUUGGAGAGGAGAGGAGCCCCCCCGCAGAGGAGGGCGGCGGAGGAGGAGGGGAGGUGGUGGAAGGAGGACAGAAGGGGAAGGUGUACGACCUGAAGGCUCACAUCGACAAGCUGACGGACAUCCUGGAGGAGGUGAAGCUGCAGAACAACAUGAAGGACGAGGAGAUCAAAGCUCUGAGGGACAGGAUGAUCAAGAUGGAGAGCGUCAUUCCUGUUCAGGAUGACGACAUGAACGGGGAAGGGGGCGAGUCCCCACAGAGGGAGGGAGGAGGCGGUGGCCUGGAAGAGAGCAGCGACCCUCCGGAGGUCAGGGUGCAGCGACUCAUGGAGGAGGACCCAGCCUUCAGGAGAGGGCGCCUCCGCUGGCUGAAACAGGAACAGCAGCGAAUCCAGAACCUUCAGAAGCAGAACAUCACCAAGAAACUAAGAGGACAGAACCAGAACCCAGGUCAGAACGGCCCCACCGUCCCCCUCCACCUCCCUGGGACCGGCCGCUUCAUCCCUCCCCAGGAGUGCAAACUGAAGUUUCCCUUCAAGAGUAACCCCGCCCACCGGUUGUCAUGGGGACCCACCAGCGAGGCCCUGCAGGCCCUCGGAUUGGCGGGGGAGGGGGGAGGAGACGAAGAGGGCGUGGAGCAGGAAAACGGGGGAGGCUUUCCCCCUCCUCAGGGACCGCCUCCCCCCCUCCUGCCCCUCCCAUUCCCUGCCACGCCGCCACGCAUGCGGACACCCAGCCCUCAUCGCGCUUGGCAACAACGUAACCAAGGCAACCAGGGUGGCUUCCCCCACAACCAGCAGGGCAACAACCAAAACUACCACAGGCGUCAGCGCCGCAACUCCCUGGACAGCUCCUCCCACAACAGCGACCCGCAGCAGGGCGGGGGGGGCAACGGCGGUCACCAGGGGCGACCCAGACAAAGGAGGGGGGUGUCCCCCGGUGGGGGCGGCGACCGGGGAGGGAGGGGUGGAGGGAGCAGAGACAGAGAAGGAGGCUUCUACUAUAAUCAGCGCCAGAACCAUCAGUUCCACCCCCACCCCUACUACAACACCCACAAUGCACCAUUCCAGCCUCACCCCAGCUACCACAGCCUGCCGCGCUCCGGGCCCCUCCCCCUGGUCCCAGACAUGCUCCUGGGGGUGGGGCCCCCGCCUGCUGGUUGGGGCUUCACCACGCCGCCCAGGAUGAGGCGGCAGUUCAGCGCCCCGGACCUGAAGAACAAGGAGAACGUCAUGUGACGCGGAGGCCUCUGAUUGGCUGCUGGACACGGGGGGAUCCUCAUGCUGUGUGUGAGUGUGUGUAUGCGUGUGUGUUUCAGCACUUUUUCAGAAGGAAGCGGAGCGGCGAGCCGCGUCGUCUGACCUGCUGCGUGUUCGACUUCAGCCUCCAAGUUUCUUCUCAGACGUUUUCAUCCCGGAUGUUUGAUGAGCUGCUGCCGCAGAGUCCGCAGGCCAAGAUGAUUCAUCAACAGAAAAAACGCUCCUUCAGAUGAGAGCUUAACCGCACUAAUGGGAGCUUAACGCUGUCAUCCAAUCAGAAAACAGGUUUUUAACAUCAUCAUCGUUUUAGUUUUAAUCCUUUUUAAAAAGCGACUCUGCUUCUCAUUAAUGAACAGUGAACAUUUCGGCCCGGAGGCUGAUAUUUCCCGCUUCACCUGAACUCUGCAUAGCCAACGGCUACAAACCAAAGAAUCCGCUCUGUAGCGCCUCCUGUUGGUGCCUGCAGGGCGUGACCUCAUCCAUUAGGAGUGUUUGAUGUUUUCUCGUGGGGAAACGUUUGGUGGAGCUCGAUGGGUUUAAAGAACUGUGUGUAUAUCUGAAGUUUAUCUGUUUUUAUUUUAACGGAGAUGAUAAAAUGAGCUGACGGUGCGUUCAAUGUCACCAGCAAUCAUGGGGAAAAUGAGAGUAAGAAUGACGGGAGGCAUAAAGGAAGGAGGAAUCCAGUGAAUGUAGGGUUGGUUGGAGGGAAUUCUGGGAGAUGUAGUGAGAUACAGAAGGCAGCGAAGGUGUGAUAAAUGUGUUACUGAGCUGUGAGGGAGGGGUCCACUCAGAGCAAAGCAUUCUGGGAGAGGACGGCGGGAGCAUCGGACUGUUGGGUGACUUUAGGAAAUGUUUUUUUUUUAAGGAGACGGUUGAACUAACCAAUAGGAGCGAGCAGAUGUUCUGAAAGGUCCAGAGAACAUCUGGUUUCUGCCGUGGAAUCAACCAAUCCAAGGACAAUCCUUAAAAUCCGCUCGUACCGCCGGGUUUGAUGGGAAACGUAGUUUCCUCUGCCUUCAUGCUUUCAAAUAGUUUUUGUUUUGGGUUAUUUUUAUUUUCCAGUUUGAGCCCCUGAUUGGCUGUUAUAUUUUUCUUCCUUUGCUGUUUGUGCAGAAUAUUUUAGCCCCUCCCACAUCCUCUCCCAUUGGGCGAUGACAUCAUCUCCCAUCUCUUGUUAUGAUGAUUUUGAAGCUAAAAGUGUCCUUACUGAGGUUUGGUUGUUUUGGAUGCUGCUAAAGGAGCUCCGCUGCUGCCGUCUCCCCCCCCCCGUGUGUGUGGAUGUGACGGAGGUGUGUGAGUUUCUGGAUUCAUUUAGGGUCAUACUUUUAUUAUAAGUUGUUGUUUUUUGUUUGUUUCUUAUAAAGCUGAUUAUUACUAUCUGUUCUGUUUGGUUCUGUUGUUUGGGAGUUUUGGGACUGAGGAGGGGAUCCUGAAUCCAGAACAUUUUUUAAAUUCCUCUCAGAAAGUCCCGCCCCCCUCACCUUAACUUUGCACCAAUCACAUCCUUUGAAUCGAUGACAUCACAGAAGGACUUCAGGAUGUUGGGCUGCAGCUCCUCGGUGUUUCCUGUCUGUCUUGGGUUGUUGUUGUAUCAGGAACCAAUCUCAGGCUCUGUCUGCAGACACCAUGAUGGCAAUAAAAUGUCAAGAAUCAGAACAAA